AUGUCUUUCAGUUUCGGAAACACCGGCUCCUCGGGCGCUGCGCCCGGCAACACUUCGUCGACGGCACCCGCUACUGGUGGCCUGUUUGGCAACACAGGCAGCUCCUCUGGUUUCUCGUUUGGAAACACGAACCAGAGCAGCGGCGAUAAGCCGGCUUCAGGUGGAGGUCUGUUUGGAAACCAGGCCGCUAGCAAGCCCGCCGGAUCUCUGUUCGGCGGAGGCGCUGCGUCGACAACCCCGACGACAACGUCUGGAGGCGGUGGCCUAUUUGGCGGUGGCGGUUCUUCAGCAACGACGACAUCUGCUCCUAGCGGCGGACUUUUCGGAGGUGGCUCUGCAGGAGCCACUGCAGCUCCGACUUCAGGUGGCCUGUUUGGAGGAGCUAAACCCGCAGCCUCGGGUGACAAGCCGGCGUCGACAUUGUUUGGAGGAGGUGCCUCAUCCACUCCGACCUCUGGCGGUAACCUCUUUGGCGGCGGCGCCCAGGCCCAGACGACCUCGACUACACCUGCUGCAGGCAGUCUCUUCGGCGGCGGCUCGGGCGGUUCCAGCGCUGGCGGCCUGUUUGGCAACAAGCCUCAGAUCAACACUCCUGCCCCAGCUCCUUCGGCCACCCCGGCGAAACCUUCCUUCAACCUAGCAGGCUCGACUACCCCCGCUGGCCUCCCCCCCACCGACAACUCCAAGCCUGGUGCUGGCCUGUUCGGCAAUGCAGCUGCUCCCAGCUCCGCCUCCAACCUCUUCGGCGGAGGUACCAAACCUGCCGACAGCUCGGCUUCCUCGUCCCAGCCGGCAGCCUCCGCUGCUUCUACCGGUGGAUUGUUUGGUGGCGGCGGCGCAUCUGCCCAGCCCAGUUCAGCAGGCGGUCUCUUUGGCGGCGCGAAGCCUGCUACCUCGUCUGCACCUUCGACCAGUCUGUUUGGGGCGGCUGGAGGUUCUAGCACCCCAUCUUCUACUGCCGCCGCUCAGUCUAACACCACGGCGGCAACCUCGGGCUCAGCCUCGUCACUGUUUGGCAACAAGUCGGCCACACCUACCACUUCGGCGCCUGCCGCUUCCUCGGCAGGUGGUCUAUUUGGAGCCAAGCCGGCGGGCACAUCAGCCGCUCCGACUUCGACCACACCAGCACCCAGUGGCGGUCUUUUUGGUAACAAGCCAGCUGCCACCACGGAAUCAUCGUCGACCUCGGCGGCCAAGCCUGCUGCUGGAGGCGGUCUCUUCGGUGGAGGUACCCUCACCGGCACCGCGGAUACGUCUGCGCAGAAGCCGGCGUCGUCCCUGUUCGGCGGCGCUACCGCCUCGUCUGCCGCUGCCUCGUCUGCCGCUGCCCAGCCCUCGACAACCACUACGGCCCCGCCAACUACAGGAGCCUCGACGACGACUUCUGGCGGACUUUUCGGAGCUGCCAAGCCCGCGACUGAUAGUGCCGACAAGAACAAGGAGGGCGAGGCGUCCAAGACUGCUACUAGCGGUGCAGCGGCCGGUGGCAAUGCUCUAGGUGCCUCAACGGCGGGUCCCACAUCGCAGCUCGCGCGUCUCAAGAACAAGACCAUGGAGGACAUUGUAACGCGGUGGGCAUCGGACCUGUCCAAGUACCAGAAAGAGUUCAAGGAGCAGGCCAACAUUGUGUCGAGCUGGGACCGACAGCUGGUGGACAAUGGCGAGAAGAUUCAGAAGCUGUACCUCGACACGUUUGAAGCGGAGAGGGCCAGCCACGAGAUCGAGCGCCAGCUGUCAUCGGUCGAGGGCCAACAGGAUGAGCUCGAGGCCUGGCUAGACCGCUACGAGUCCGAGGUCCACGACAUGUUUGCCAAGCAGGUCGGCCCCGGCGAGCAGCUGGCCGGCCCCGACCAGGAGCGCGAACGCACCUACAAGCUGGCCGAAAAGCUCACCCAGCAGCUGGACGAGAAGUCGAGGGACCUGUCCAAGAUGGUCAAGGAGAUCAACGACAUUUCCGGCACCCUCAGCAAGGGCUCCAAGGCCGAGGACCCUCUCAGCCAGAUAGUCCGCGUCCUCAACGACCACCUCACCCAGCUCCAGUGGAUCGACGCCAAUGCCUCGGCGCUGCAGACCAAGAUAUCUGCCGCGCAAAAGUCGGGUAACAAUCUCGGAAACCACUACGGCGGAGUAGAGAACGAUGCGGCCGAGAGCUUCUAUCGCUCGUACACGGGACGGAGGUAG